AUGCCCCAACAAAUUAUGUUGUUCUGUCAGAUUUUUGAUGUUUCGGGCAUUGACUUCAUGGGUCCGUUUCUAAACUCUAAUAGUUUCUUAUAUAUAUUGAGAUUGACCGCUCUACUGAAGAGGCAUGGCGUUAUUCACAAGGUAGUAACUGCCUACCACCCGCAGACUAAUGGACAAGCAGAGGUGUCUAACAGAGAGAUAAAGCAUAUCUUGGAGAAGAUAGUCAAGCCUCAUAGGAAGGACUGGAGCACCAGUCUACAAGAUGCGCUUUGGACAUAUCGGUACAAGACACCAAUCGGGAUUAGUCUAUUUCUCCUGGUCUAUGGAAAAGCUUGUCACCUCCCAGUGGAUGUAGAGCACAAGGCUUUCUGGGCAGUAAGAGAAAUCAACAUGGGAUUUGAGAAGGCCGGAGUCGAAAGGAAGAUGCAACUGCAAGAAUUAGAGAGCCUUCGCCUAGUAGCAUAUGAUAACUCCAGGCUAUACAAAGAAAAGAUGAAGGCUGUGCAUGACAAGCACAUUAAAAGGAGAGAGUUCAAGCCAGGGGAGUUAGUCCUCCUUUAUAACUCCAGACUGAAGCUCAUGCCAGGCAAGUUGAGAUCCAGGUGGGAAGGUCCCUACAGAGUAGAGAAGGCAGAGCCAUACGGAGUCUUUCACCUGAGUCAUCCUUCAAGCUCCAAAUUCAUCAAGGUCAAUGGACAUCGCUUAAAGCUAUAUCAAGGUGAGAAGAUGAAGAAAAAUAAGGAGCUGGAGAUCUUCCUCUUGGAGGAUCCACCAACAGCAGAAGACUGA